AUGUCUAAGGAAAAGGGUCUUAAGAAAUUCUUCCAUCCCUUCAAUCAUCGCGCCUCGGAGAAGAUUGAGGAGAUUGAACAGAAGCUUGAGCACACAAAGUUGAGGGGUGCGCAUAUCAAGGCCGUGCACGUGAAGCAUAAGAUUGGCAAGUUUACAAAUCUCUUCAAUGCCAACCAUCGCCAUGACGAGAGCAUGAGAAGGAGACGGAUGCGAGAGAGCAGAUCGCUGAGAGCCACCGAUUAUAGUUCGCACCAGACGGGAUGGUAUCUAGAGACCAUUUACAUUGCGGAUUGGUGGCUCAGUCCGGAACUGUUCUUGAAGCGCCCGCCUUAUUAUAACCAACAGUUUCGGCUGGAUCAAGUGCUCAAGAGACGUGCCGAGGCUGGCGUGAAGAUUUACAUUUCUGUGUACAAGGAGGUUUCUGCUGCUCUUACGUGUAACAGCCAACACACAAAGAAGGCGCUCAUGGGCCUGAUCGAAGAAGGUCAGCCUGGCUAUGGAAACAUCAAGGUAAUGAGGCAUCCGGAUCACAACGUCUUCGAAAACGCUUCAGAUAUGACGUUUUACUGGGCGCAUCAUGAAAAGUUCAUUGUUAUCGACUAUGCCAUGGCCUUUAUUGGUGGACUGGAUCUGUGCUACGGCCGAUGGGACGAGAAGCAACAUCCGCUAUCCGAUGCGCAUCCCUCGGGUGUGCAGAAUCAAAUCUUCCCCGGUCAGGACUACAACAACAACCGUAUCAUGGACUUUGAAAGUGUCGAUGACUGGAAGUCGAACAAGCUCAACAAGCUCGAGUUUGGUCGCAUGCCAUGGCACGAUGUGGCAAUGGGCGUCAUUGGACCGGCGAUCUAUGACAUUGCCGAGCACUUCGUCUUGCGGUGGAACUUUGUGAAGCGAGAAAAGUACAAGCGUGACGAACGAUACGACUGGCUUACCAUGGAAGGUCGAGAAGGCGCUGACGAAGACCUCAUCGGCGUACAACGGCCCAAGUUUCCCGUAGGCGACUACGUACACCAUCCCAUAACUCAGCUGAACACCAAAAAUCUCGAGAACCGCGGCACAGUACAUGCACAGCUCGUGAGGAGUAGUGGAGACUGGAGUAUGGGCAUUGAACCUCAUGAGCAGAGUAUCCAAAACGCUUACUGCGAGCUCAUCCGCAACGCGAAGCAUUUUGUCUACAUUGAGAAUCAGUUCUUCAUCACGGCAACUGGCAAGCAUGACGAGAGUCCAGUCCACAACCAGAUCGGUGCUGCCAUUGUUGAUGCAAUUGUAUCCGCCGCCAAAGAGGAGCGCAAUUUCAAGAUCAUCAUCGUGAUCCCAGCUAUCCCAGGUUUUGCAGGAGAUUUGCGUGACCAGGCAGCGGCUGGAACAAGAGCGAUCAUGGACUAUCAAUUCAAGAGCAUCUGCAGGGGAGAAGAGAGCAUCUUUGGAAAAGUGAAGGCGGCCGGCUUCGACCCGGAAAAGUACAUUUUUUUCUUCAAUCUCCGUUCGUAUGAUCGCAUCAAUGUCACACCUACGCUCAAGGAGCGCGAGAAGAAGUCAGGGAUGAGCUACAUGGAUCUCGAGGCAGCCGAAAUCGAUGAGCUAGAGGCACCACCCGCAGAGGGUGGAGAUGAGAAGCGACGCAUAGCAGCGGAGCUCAGGAAAAAGUACAUGGACGAGGAAGAGUCUGUUGGCAAGGGCGAUCAGGGCGGUGUCAUUGACCCAGACUCUAUCGCCGACGACGCCAUGCUCACCGAGAAGAAGCCCAGCGAAGAACACUGGGAAGGCGACCCAGAAGACGAAAAGCAGUACUUUUUCCAAGAAGAACUCUACAUCCACGCCAAGCUGUGCAUCAUCGACGACAGAAUCGUCCUUUGCGGCUCCUCCAACAUCAACGACCGUUCGCAACUGGGUUUCCACGAUUCUGAGCUCACCAUCGUCCUCCAAGACACGGAUGAAAUCGACACCAUGCUCGACGGCAAACCCUAUAAAGCCGCCCGUCUCGCCCACGACCUCCGCAGCAGCCUCUGGCGCGAACAUCUCGGCCUCCUCCCCCCACAAGCCCUCAACGCCGCCGACGACCCCAACGCCCAACCACCUGGCGAGGAUUCACCAAACGACGCCAUGCCUGGCCCCGAAGCAGACUUUGUCUCCGACCCACUCUGCCCCAAACUCUGGGACGAAUGGUUCUCCCGCGCCACCACAAACACAGAGGUCUUCCGCUCUCUUUUCCACGCCGAUCCCGACGACAACAUUCUCACCUUUGAAGACUACGACGCGUUUACCCCCAACCCCAAGGCCGAUAAAGAACACAAACAAGGUCAUCUUUACGAUCUUGUCAGACCUGUCAAAGAGAUUAGAGCAGAGUUGGACCGUGUUAAAGGGCAUUUGGUGUGGAUGCAGUUGAAGUUUUUGGAAAACGCGGAUAUGGCGGAGAGGGGGUUGCAGAUUAAUUCUUUCACAGAGAGUGUGUAUACUUAG